UACAUUGAGGGCUCACUAUCAAUAUUCUGAUUAUCAGCACGUGUGUCAACUGUUUUAAAAAAGGGAACUUAGGCUGGAAAAUAGGCUUCAGUUUAGGGCCUAGUAAAUAGUAUCAUACUAUUAAAAAUCCUGAAUUACCGGAGGCCUAGUAUUACCAGAAUUGAACAUGUCUGCUGUUAGUACUACUCCAGCUACUUGCCAGCUCACUGAGCACCGAUUUAGUGCAUCUCUAUUUGAACAACUCGUCCACUUCUACAUACUUCAGUUGAAUGACAGUUUUCUGGUAUGGAUUGGUACAGUUCCACAAGAAUUAACCAAUUUAUCUGUAGCUAUGAACUCAAAAUUUAACAAAAAUGUUAAUUUUACAACAUUACUAGGAGAUACUGCAGAUUUGACUGCCAACACAAUAGCCCAGAGAUUAGCGAAAAAGACAGGCAAACAAGCAUUUGUGAGUUGCAACCUGCCAAGCAUUAGUCAGUUGUUACCGUUAGUUGAGUCCAGGCUCAUGACUGAAUUGGAAAAUCAUCCAGACAAAUUUUGAGCCUGGAAUAAUAAUAAUACCCUGGAAAUGCACAAGAAGAGUAUGCAGUAGUGGCAUAGUAAUUUUGAUUGGAGAAGUACAGGAGCAGAGAACUUAUUCAGUCUGCAAUGGAACGACAAGAGACUCCUCGUACCAAAAUCCUGUACAACAUUGAGGAAGUGCUUGUUUUUCCCAGACACCAUCCAUCCAUCUGUGGAAGAGCCUACCUCAACUUGUUGAUUCAUCAUCUAUCGACACAUUCAAGGACAGAGUAUCUGAUAUUCACAUCUGUUAAUUUUCUCAAGUGAACAUUAUUGAUCACCAACACUGUGCAAAUAUACUCAUGUGAGGUUUAUGAUAUUGUAGGAUGAUGAUGGUGACAGAAAUAGAUAGUUGACUGGCGGUUAAUAAAGAGAGUGGUUUUUCUAAAACUAAAAUUGUUUCUGCUUUUAUAAGGGCAUUUAUAAAUAAAGAUGAGGUGGGCUGGUGUAAUCAUACACACAAAAGUUAUAUGUAGAUGGGAUGAAUCUGUACAGCAGAGCCUCUGUGCCAAGUAUACUACAGUAAUUGAAUCAUGGAGUUAUAAAAUUAAUUAUAACUCCAUGAUUGAAUUAACCACAAGGUAAUGCCACAUGCAAGACUCAGGUCUUGAUUACCAAGAGGACAAAUAUUAAUGUAGUUGAGAACAAAAUAGAAAUUGCUGUGCUGGCACUUACUUGCAGUUAAACAAAGGUGAUGUAAAUGAAAAAGUUUGGGAUCCUCUAGCUAUAUUUUUUUUUUUAACACGAUGGCGUGUAUUUCAAUACUUGGAGUAUGUAUUAUACUUUCCUCUAGCUAUAUGUUAAGAGAGAGAAAAAGGGGGUCCAUUUAUUAUUGAACUCCAAUUCAAAGACAUUAAGAUGGGGUUUUUUAUGGGGUCAAAAUAGCAACCAUUACAUAAAGCUAGGCAUCCACUGCACCUAACUGUUGUCUACCGACGUGAUUGUUUGGAGAAUGCAACGCCGGAACGCGCACACGAUGAUUAGUGCAGAGUGCCACCGAGAGACGGCAGACGGUGUUGCGCCAUUGGAUUAAGUACCCAGCUUUGCAUGUAGGAAUUUAUGCUCAAAAUCAAAAGCUUUAUUGCAGAGAAAUUAUUGAUCACUUCCAAUAACACACAGGUCAAAACAUUCCAGUUUUCCAAGAUCUACAAAUCUUUUAAUACACCUGUAAGACAACUUUAGAAUUUAUGCAAAGAAUAUUAUUAUUCUCAUUCCAAUUACGGUAUGUUGCUAAAAGGCAGUACUGAACAGACCGUACACCUUUAAAACAAUGCAUGUAGUGGAGACAUAAUAGCAGUCCUCACUGGUGUACUUUUCUAUGAUUAAUAAAUCAAAAUCAUUACUAAUAAAAAAUAUCAAAACAAGAAAGAAUUGCUUCUGUUUCUGUUCGAAGGUCUGUUAUGAUGUGUAAACAUCAUCGGCUGGGAUAGAGCCAGUGCAUAAUCUAGAUGUUCCCCUCCCACCCCAACUGUUGACCUCAACUGUUAAGAAUGUAUUGAAUUGUACAAUCAGCCCAAGAACACUUGGAACUGUCCGAAUUUAAAGGAUGAAUAGAAUAAUGCUUAUCAAUGUUGAGAGCAGGGAUGUAGAUAUGUUGGGCGGGGCCACCCAGUCUAAAGCUAAUUUCAUCCAUAAAAUCCUAUUUAGUUUGUUAAUGUUAUCACCUAUCCACUCUUAGUUUUCUACAGAGCUACAACCCUGUGAUAGAUAUGAAGAAACAGAUAGAAGCACUUAUCUAGUGAAUACAGCAGCUAUCUUAUUCAUUAUUAUUAUUAUACUGUAAAUUUAUAUAUGUAUAUCUUAGAAAUUUUUAUAUAAACAAAAUUAAAAUAUUUAAUCAUUACUUUAUUCUUAAACAAAUUGUGCGUGCAGUUUUCUUUAUCGCCACGGUACUAUAAUAAAAAAAGAAAUGCAAAAAAGUGGUAUUAGUCAAAUAAUGAAUAAAAAAAUAAUUUCAUCUGGUUUCUAGUAAAUCUAGUAAAAGUGUGGCUGGGAGCCACGGCAGCCACAGUGCAGUGCCAAUACCAAGAUGUAAUGGAUACACUGUCCCUUAUUCAACCUAACUCCCAUGUGAUGGUUAUUCAAGAAGCUGAUUGGUCAGACUCCAAUUAACAAUACUUUACUAGUCUUCGCUGCAAGAAGCAGAAAUAUUUACCUCUUGGCCCUUGAGGACAGGAGUUGAUCUUAACUGAACAAAAAAAAA